CACAGCGCCGCGCCGCGCCUCCUGUCAGAGGCGGCCAUUGUUUGGGGUCGCGCUUCCCUUUCACUCCCUUGGCUGCUCCCCUUCCUCAAGUCCGAGUCCCUUGGUACUAUUGGGAGAGGGGGUCGGGCCCAGGUGCUGGACGCCUGGGGUCCUCCGUGCGGGCCGCUAUGAGUAAACGGAAGGCGCCGCAGGAGACGCUCAACGGGGGAAUCACCGACAUGCUCAUGGAACUCGCAAACUUUGAGAAGAACGUGAGCCAGGCUAUCCACAAGUACAACGCUUACAGAAAAGCAGCAUCAGUUAUAGCAAAGUACCCACAGAAAAUCAAGAGUGGAGCAGAAGCCAAGAAAUUGCCUGGAGUCGGAACAAAAAUUGCUGAAAAAAUUGAUGAGUUUUUAGCAACUGGAAAAUUGCGUAAACUGGAAAAGAUUCGGCAAGAUGAUACAAGUUCAUCUAUCAAUUUCUUAACUCGAGUUAGUGGCAUUGGUCCAUCUGCUGCAAGGAAGUUUGUAGAUGAAGGAAUUAAAACAUUAGAAGAUCUCAGGAAAAAUGAAGAUAAAUUGAACCAUCAUCAGCGAAUUGGCCUAAAAUACUUUGAGGACUUUGAAAAAAGAAUCCCUCGUGAGGAGAUGUUACAAAUGCAAGCUAUUGUACUAAGUGAAGUUAAUAAACUGGAUUCUGAAUACAUUGCUACAGUCUGUGGCAGUUUCAGAAGAGGUGCAGAAUCCAGUGGUGACAUGGAUGUUCUUCUGACCCAUCCAAACUUCACUUCAGAAUUAAGCAAACAGCCAAAGCUGUUACAUCGUGUCGUGGAGCAGUUACAAAAGGUCCAUUUUAUUACAGAUACUCUGUCAAAGGGUGAAACCAAGUUUAUGGGUGUUUGCCAACUUCCCAGUAAAAAUGAUGGAAAGGAAUAUCCAUACAGAAGAAUUGAUAUCAGGUUGAUUCCCAAAGAUCAGUAUUACUGUGGUGUUCUCUACUUCACUGGAAGUGAUAUUUUCAACAAGAAUAUGAGAGCUCAUGCCCUAGAACAGGGCUUCACAAUCAAUGAAUACACUAUCCGUCCCCUGGGAGUCACUGGAGUCGCUGGAGAACCCCUCCCAGUGGACAGUGAGAAAGACAUCUUCGAUUACAUCCAAUGGAAAUACCGAGAACCCAAGGAUCGAAGCGAAUGAAGACUGUUCUCCCUCCCAGGCGCAGCCCAAUAGAAGUCUUAAUUUAUUUCUUAACCUUUGCUAUGUAAGGGUGUUUAGGGUUUUUAACUUUAUUUCUCCUUCAUGCUUAACUUGCCUUUUUUCAAUAAAGCCUCUUGCACUAUUAUUGGAUGAUGA